UGCGAUGGGGCAGCGAGGCUGGGACACCAGCCUGGACACUUCCUCCUUCCUUGGCUGCUGUGGCUUGUCCCCACGCACCAGCUCUCCCCAUCCCCGUGCCCUGUGCAGAGGCUGGAUGGAGGGCGCUCAGCUCAGCAUGAGCAGGGAGGGAGCCAUCCCCAGGGGCUUGGCCAUACCUGAGGGCAUCCCUCAGGUGGUUUCCGGUUGCUGCUGAUUUGCACCCCCCAGGUGCAGCUCAAAACAGCCUUAUCUGCACCUUGGGAAAGCCGCUUUUCCCUGGCUGCAGAGCCUGGCCCCUUUCCUGCCCUGCUUGCAGAUGGAGCGGAUUAGCCAGCAGAGCAGCCUUGACGUGCAUCCAGCUUGGCCGCAGGGCUGGACUCAGGAGCACCUCAGGAAGAAGGUUUGAGCAAAGAGCAGCAGCCAAAGGGGAGAGCACCCACAGGAUUGGGGAUGGAGGUCAUGGCUCCUGCCACCAUCAAUGCCUUGAAUGGCUCCUCUGUGAAGCUCUCCUGCACCUUCAACUCCUGCUACAAGGUGGAGAACAAGCAGUUCUCCCUCAACUGGACAUACCAGGAGUGCAGGAACUGCUCUGAGGAGCUGUUCCUGCAGUUCCGGACGAAGAUCAUGAACAAGCAGCUGGACCGCUUUGGGAACCGCGUGGAGUUCACGGGGAACCCCGCCAAGUACGACGUGUCCUUCACCCUCAAAAACGUGCAGCUGGAGGACGAGGGCACCUACAACUGCUACGUCCUGAACCCCCCGGACCGGCACCGGGGCCACGCCAGCAUCAGCCUCAAGGUGCUCACCAAAGAGCCUCCAAAGCAUGACUCGACGGUGGCUGUCAUCGUGGGCGCUUCUGUAGGCGGCUUCUUGGCCGUCGUGAUCCUGGUACUGAUGGUGGUGAAAUGUGUGCGCCGGAAAAAGCAGCAGAGGCUGAACACAGACGACCAGAAGACGGAGGAGGAAGGGAAGACAGACGGAGAAGGCAACCCAGACGAGGGCACCAAGUAACACCCCCCGUCCCUCCCUCCCUCUUCACCCCUGUACAGCGUGACCCCCUUGAUGUGCUUCCCCAAGCAAGGAUUUCUGUCUCCCCAGA